AACAAACAUUAUCAUAUAAUUUAAGACUUGUAUUUAGAGAGAUAUGGAUUACUCUGGUCUUUUUGUUCAAGAAGACAACCAAGCGAAUGAAGAGAAGCCUCCAGCGCGAGUGUGUCCAAGGUGUAACUCAGACAACACCAAGUUCUGUUACUACAACAACUAUAGUGCGUCUCAACCGCGCUAUAAAUGCAAGAACUGUCGUAGAUACUGGACUCAUGGUGGGACAUUAAGGAACGUACCGAUUGGUGGAACUGGCCGUAAAAUCAAACGUAACAGGUUAGACCAGCCUUCUUUUUCUCAGAUGAUUUCUGUUGAGAACCAACAGGUUAAUCAUCACCAACCUUUCUUAAAUGAUCAAGAAACCAACGAGUUUGUUGGUUCUUCUUCUUCUGCUGCUGCUGUUGUUGGUGGGAACCAUUCCGGUUCUUUGCUUGAGUUUCAUGGUGAUAUGGUAACAAAUGUGCCUCCAUUUGGUAGUUUUCCACCAAUGGAUGCCUUACACAUCUCUGAUGUAUCAUUCCAACAAGGUUAUUACGACGCUGGAUCCAGUGAUUUGAUUGAUAACCCUUUGGUAAAACAAUUAACUGGUGGAUCUGUUGUUGUGAGCUCUAAUCAAGAGGAUCCAAACAUGUGGAACCAGAGCUUCAACAACACUACCAACAUGAACCACAAUGCUAGUACGAGUGGAGGCAAGGGACAUAUCUCCAAGCACUGAUGACAUGAACGGAAGCAGAAACAAGUGCGUGUUUAGGACCUUCCUAUCAUCUGGACCUUCAGUAUCAACCGUUAUUCCCGUUUUUCUUAUUCUUAAGCUAAUAAUGUUUCAGUUUUUAUAUUUUGUGUUGGGUUUUUUCUUAGUUAUGAAAGUUUCAUAUUUGUGUCCAAAAAGAUCCAGACAUAAGAAGAUGUUUGUCUGAUCUUUUUAUAUAAUUAUCUAGUCGUGAUCAUUUCGUUAUUUUGGAAUCUGUCUCGUAAGUCUUGAUAUCAUAUGCGAAUGCGUUUUAGUCAAAAACAAAACAAAAAACUUAUAACUGACAUGUUGACCCGAUCGUAAACUUUUUUUCAGGAUCGUUAGCUAACAUGCAUAAUUUUUGUGGGUUUUACAGGCUUCACAAUCUUAAUCUUAUGGCCUUAUAUAUCUCUAGCAGUCCAAUAUAAUGAACUCAUGUAAUUUCGAUAUAAUAUAAGUGAAGGUCAUUCAUGCCACUUCGUUACUUUUUAAGAAAUUUGGAUACUCUUGUAACUAUGAAAGACCUUUUUGGCAGAUAUAAUUUAAUUCCAGUUUUUCUUCUUUUUCUUAUGACUUCGUAGAUAUUGAAUUUAUGUUAUCAUUUAAAAAUCAAUAUUCUAUAUGACUAUAAUGAUAAAAACAAUAAUUCAAAGCAUGGUUAAUAUCUGAAAUAAGUCAAUUUACAAAUAAAUUUUACAUAUACAUCAAGAAGACUACAAAAGUCAAUAAGUAAGUCCAAGUAAAUUGAAUGUUUUCUUAAAUUGAUGAAACGAAUCAAUGAGGUUAUACAAUAAAAUAAUUGAAAAAUAUUUUUGUAAUAAUAUUAUUCAGUACAAUAUAACUCACGCGUAGCCUGAAACAACACAUGUGUCUAAAGCUAGUGAAUAUCAUAUCUCCAAUUUAUAAUAGUUGUUAAAAAUGUGUAUGGAUAAUUUUUUUAAAUGUAACUAAGAGUACAAUUUUUUUUGUCCAUGAGUAUAUCGUUGAUUAACUAUAAAUAUAACAUAAUUUUUGCCAAAUAAAUGUAACAGAAAUAGAUAAAAAUAACAUAUAUAGACCAAACUGUUCUCUCAGAUUUCCUAGAGCCAAAGACCACUUUAUAUGAUACUUAAAAAAAAAACUUUUAUGAAUAAUAUGAAAAAAAUCUUAAUGUUGACAAAAUAUGAAAAACAAUCUUAAAUGAUACUCCCUCCGUUUUUUAAUAUAAGUCGUUUUAAAGCUACGCACAUAGAUUAAGAAAAUCAUUAAUUUCUUAUAUUUUCGAAACAAAAACAUCAUUAAUUAUUUACAUAACCAUAAUUCAACCAACAGAAAAAUAGAAGAUAUAUUAUCAUUGGUCAGAUAACAUUAAUUAUUAAUAAAUGUUACAUAGAAAACCGAAAACAACAUAUAACUUGGAACAAAAAAGUUUCUCUAAAACGACUUAUAUUGAGAAACGGAUGGAGUAUUUAACAAAAUCUAAAACUAUAACAAGGACAUAGAAAACUCCCAGAUUUUGCUGACCGACACGUGGAUACGACCACUUACAGUUUACCACAAGUUUCAGACGCGGAAAAGCCUUCUUUUGUCAGUCAUCGAUUCCGACAAAGACAGAUAUGACAGGUCUUCCACAGUUAAUUUGACACGUGCAUAGUAUCUCUUUACUAUAUUUAUUUAUUGACUUUUGUUAAUAUUUUCUAUUUUUCUUAACUUCAUUAUCUAUCCCUAUAUAUAGUAUUGAGAAGUUGGCAAACGCAUCACUAUUUUCUCUCUUAGUUACAAUUUUCUUACUUUUUUUUUUUUUUUUUAUAUAUAUUAGAUUAAAAUAUCAACCCGAUAAACGGGAACCGGAACAAGACCUCCGGCUAAUCGUCGAAUAAACAGUGAAUCUCACAAAUAGAUUAGGCUUAUCACUAUUACACAAGGAGAGAAAAGCAUAAAAACAGCGGGAGGGAAAAAACCUAAGGUUCGGGGAUCCGUUACCGGUUCCCAUCAUCACCAGAUGUCCGCGGCCAACGACGCCGACCAAAUCGAAAUUUAGACGACCACUGCAAAGAUACUUUCUCUCAAACCAGCGCCGACACACAGCUGCUCAAUCCACACGACACUCUCUUUCUCUAACCGACUAUCAAGAAAUGGAAAUCGAAACAGACCAACUAGUUAAGGGGAACCGCCAUCCUCAACAAGUCCGUCUCUCUUACCAGACCCUGACCAGUACAGGGAUACGGAGAGGUCGUAUUCGACACACUAACCCGAGACUUGAACUUGAUCUAUAGAUAGGGGGAGUGAAGAGAUAACCUGAAGGCUUCCUAGAACCGAAACAGAGACGCUUCGGCCAAAAGAAGCCGUAAAACGGGCUGAGAUGUGGCUGGCUAAAAACACGCUGAGACGAGCACCUGCAAGCCAUUGAUGGACUCCAGCUUGCCGAGAAGAUCGAAGACCCACAAGGCACUGGGAUAGCCGGAGACCAAACGUGCCGUCACGGAGAGGGAAAUGAACCUGCAGAGACCACCUGAAGGUCCAACCAUCUCACACGCAUCACCUCUAAAAACUAGAGAAUGAAUCAAAAGGCUAGGCUGAAGCAAUAACCGGUGACAGGACGGAGUUGCAGAUACAAUUUUCUUACUUGUUAUCUCAUUGUUUUAUUGCAUGUAAUUCGUGAGUAAGCAGUUAAUCACACCUUAUGAACGAUUUCUUCAAGAGGAGGUUAUAGAGAAAUCCAGGAGUAUUAAUUUUAAUGCUUUUUAAAAUUUUGGAACGUAAACUAAAAAUUACUCUUUAAAAAAAGUAAACUAAGGCUUAGAAUGGCAUGCAGAUCAAGAAAACGCAGAUCAAACCCAAAACGCAGAUCAAGCAGAACAAAUGCAGAUCAAGCAGAAUAAACGCAGAUCAAGCAGAUCAUGCAGAACAAAUACAUAUUUAACUCGUUAAGCUAAUUUAUCGAAUUAGUGUAUUUAACCAAAUGUUAAAAAUAAUUUGUAAAUUAAAUAUCUAAAACAAAAAUACAAAUUCUUAUGAAUUAUUAUUUUUAUUAAUUUAAUAAAUAUAAAUAAAAUUUAAACAUUAUAUAAAAUGUGAACACAAUUAAAAAAAAAAAUAACCAAAAACAAAAAAAAGUAUUAUGAUUCUAAUAAAUAUAUUGAAACUUAAAAGUUAGAUAAAAUUCAUUAAAAUGACAAAGAGUAUUCCAUUUCUCUUUAAUUAUUUUUAUAAUCUAAAUUAAAAUCUAACUAUGAUCCAAAGACGUUAAUUAGAGCUGGACAUAAAAUCCUUAACCUGAAUUUCGUUCCAAACCCGAACCGAAAAAAUGACUUGUAUCAAGUCCAAAAUGUAAAAAAAAAUACAUGAAUAAGUUUUGUAGGGUGUUAUAAAACAUAUCCGAACCGAAAGUGUCAUAAACUGUCCCAAACAAGUGAAAAAUCUAAAAAAUAUCUGAAAAAAUGAUCUGAAUAAUAUGUAGGAGCAAAAAAUAUCUAAACAAAAUACAACUUACUAUAUAUAAGUAAUAAAAUCAUGUAUAACAUACUGAAACUAAAUUAUAAGAAAAUUAUAAAUAUACCAAAUAAA